UGCAUGCUAGUUGUAAAGAAUAGUUUCAAGAUCGCCACAUUGUAUCUGAAAUGGCUGCGAGACCAAAAACCAUAAUUUUUGUGCUAGUGUUUUGUUAUGCACAAUUUGUUGAAUCUGCAGAAGUGUCUACAGAAAAAUCCACAAACAGUAAUAUCGAGAGUAUUGGUUUUGGAUAUGAAGUGCUUCUUUCGAAAAUGGAUUACAUAGAGUACAAGUUCAUGGAGCUGGAGUUUGAAAUUAAGGAGCAAAAUGAGCAAAUCAUCAGGAACCAGGCUCGCCUUGAACAGACCCAUGCAGGGAUGUCAUGGAUGAUGACCAGAAUGGAACAAGCCGUCAGCCAGAAUUUCACCACAAUGAUGGGUCAAUCAUGGCAAAUUUUGCAGGGGCAGAAAAUUUGUUCCAACCACGACAGCUUACGGAAAGCAAUAUUUAAUUUGAAACCUGUUAAGGGACCAUCCGAUAAUGUGAGAAUGCUUUUUGAUUUGCAACAGUUCAAGGCCAGAGGACCUUUUGAGUCGUGUAAAUUAGAACCGAGUAAGACAUCGGGCAAGUAUAUGUUGCAACCGUUUCCCAGUGAGGAACCCUUCGUUGGAUACUGUGAGCAGAUCAAGUUCGGAGGAGGAUGGUUGGUUAUCCAGCAUCGGUAUGAUGGGUCGACGAAUUUUUAUCGCAAUUGGACCGAGUACAAAAAUGGAUUUGGAGAAGCUGAUAAGGAAUUCUGGAUUGGGCUGGAAUUAUUGCAUAAACUGACGAAGAGCAAGACUUGUCAAUUGUUGGUUGAGUUGGAAGACUUCAACGGGGAAUAUAAAUAUGCAAAGUAUGCGGCGUUCGAGAUCGGAAACGAGACGGAAAAGUAUUCACUGAAGAUACUAGGAGCGUUUAGUGGAACUGCUGGUGAUUCACUGACAUAUCAUAAGAACAUGAUGUUUACUACAUUGGAUAGCGAUAAUGAUAAAAAUGCAGGAAAUUGUGCUGAAAUUAGCUCUGGGGCUUGGUGGUACAAUACUUGUCAUCACAGUAAUCUUAAUGGACAAUUCAUGACGGGAAAUGAUCAGAAGUCAAUGACUUGGUUUCAUUUCAAAAAUGCGCACCAUGGAUUGAAGUACUCCAGAAUAAUGAUUCGGGCAGUGUAA